AUGAAGAUUUGUGCGGUGUCGCAGCAGAUAUCAGUUCUACAUCUACAAUCAAUUGAAUCUGGUUUAAUUCAAUAUCAAAAUCACAACAGAUCAAAAGACUCCCUCGUUGAAGGAAUUAAAGGUGUGCUCGUUCCUCAGGGUGAUACCAUUGUUUUUGACAUAACCAAGAAUGGAGCUAAGCCUGAUACUGAUGUUGCAAAGGAUUUUUUGCGCGCGUGGACUGAUGCAUGUGCAUCAAAAAAACGAAGCAAGGUGUUAGUUCCUAAAGGACGAUACUUGCUAGGUCCUAUUACGCUUAAAGGUCCAUGUCAGGCACCAACUAUAAUAGAAAUUUUAGGCAAUUUUAUGGCCUCUCCAAAUUUGGAAUCAUUUAAGGGGGAAGAUGCAUGGUUUGAGAUAGAUAACGUCGAUAGUCUAACAAUCACAGCACCAAAAGGAGCAGGAGUGUUUGAUGGCCAAGGACAAGAAGGUUGGAAAAGUAACCAUUGUGUAAAGAAUGACAACAGUUGCCACUCCCUUCCUCAUAACUUUAGGUUCAACUCGCUAACGAAUUCAAAAAUUAGGGGCAUAACUUCACUAAACAGCAAGUUAUUUCACAUGACCCUCCAAGGGUGUAAGAACGUGGAAAUGACUUACAUGACUAUAAUCGCCCCAGGAGACAGCCCUAACACAGACGGCAUUCACAUUGGACGUUCAAGUGACAUUACCAUUAGAGGAGCCAAAAUUGCCACUGGAGAUGAUUGUAUCUCCUUCGGUGAUGGGUCCAAGAACAUGCUUGUUGAGCAUGUCACUUGUGGUCCUGGCCACGGCAUUAGCGUGGGGAGUCUAGGUAGAUACCCCAAUGAGGAGCCAGUGUCAAAUAUCACUGUAAGAGAUUGUACAUUCAAGAACACUAUGAAUGGUGUUCGAGUUAAAACAUGGCCCGACUCUUAUGUAUCCUCUGCCACUUUGCUGCAUUUUGAGGGUAUCACUAUCCAAAAUGUUACAUUUCCUGUCAUUGUUGAUCAAGAAUAUUGCCCCCAAAAUCAUUGCAACAAAAAGACUCCGUCCAAAGUUAAGAUUGCUUACAUUCGGUUCAAGAACGUGAAGGGAAUAUCAGGUACCAAGGACGCUGUGCAGCUGAUUUGCAGCAGCGGCGUGCCCUGUGACAAAGUGGAACUCAGUGAAAUAGACUUGACAUACAAUGGCAAAGAUGGUCCCGCGGUUUCAACGUGUAAAUUUGUUAAGCCUAUUCUUACUGGAAAACAGAACCCACGAGCUUGUGAUGCACCUGCUAUCCCAAUUGUUGAAGCAACUGAAGCAGACUCAGAGUAAUCUGUAUAUAUUUAUGUAUUUCAUGUGAAUGUAAAGCUACUAAAUUUCGAUCGUGUCACUUUAAAAUCAUGUCCC